GAUUUAAAUCGAAAUGAUUUGAAUGCAGUCAAUGGCUCAACAGGAUGAAGGUUUGAGCGACGAAAACGUACACGUAAAAGAAUUAAAACGAUUAUUCAAUUCAUGCAAUUCGGAUCGUAAUGGAUUACUGGACAAAGAUGGUUUGCUGAUUCUCUGCGAAAAACUUAACUUGUCAAUUUUUGCAAAUAGUAUCAUCGACAGAGUUUUGUGCAACGACCAUGCUAUUAAUUUUAACCAAUUUAAAGAUCGCUUCUUAUUAUUUCUUCCGGAAAUCAUCGACUUGGCAUCCGGAAACCAAGAUGAAUUGUUGAUUGCCGCUUACAAAUCCAGUUCAUCGCUAGGCAUUAAAGAUACGCAACGAUUGACACGUUAUGACGUUCAUACGAUCUGCGAGUCAACUUCAGAAUUGGAUCUUCUAUCCCUUGGUGAUGUUAAUGGGAUAUUUGAUAAAUGUGCAAUUUCUGGCAAAGUAUCGUUAAAUGAGUUUGUAAUGCAGUACAGGUCACGACAGAAAAUGACUGAAGAAAUUCAUUUCAUUGCGGACUCGUAUCGAAUAUCAAGCAUCAACUUAUUUGAAACUCUCGAUGUUAACAAUUCCGGUGAAGCGGACCAUUCAGCAGUCAUUGAAUAUUUAACGACUUCCGGAUUGAAGCUUGAAGAGGCCAUCUCAUUGUUAAAGGAUUUUGGGCAGCCAACGUCUCAAAUGAUUAGUCUGGUGGGACUCGGCAACUACUUAGAAUCUACACUGUCCCAUUUGCUUAAUAACUCGCAAGUUUCUGCAAGAGCUGCGUUUUUCUGCAUGAAAUCUCUUCUCGAAAAUUAUAGAUGUACGGUUAGAGAAUUUGAAAUGAGAUGUGAGCACAUGCAGAAACAAAUUCAUAUCGCUAACCAACGCCGAAAUAUGCUUAUCGAGGAGCUUGAUCAAAAUCAGCAAAGCAUUGAAGCGAGCUAUAACAACCGCUUAAAAGAAAUGGAAGAACGAUGUCGGGGGAGGAUUGCGGCAAUGGAGGAAAAGUUUCGAAUGGAGAGGCAUGAGAUGCAGAAAGAAAUUGAAAACAUUGAAAAAGAUCUGUCGCUGGUUCGACAAAACGAAACUUCAUUGAAAAACAAGCUGCAGUUGGUGGAAAGGCAUAACAAGCGAAUAACAACUGAACUAGAAGAUCAGACUGACGCUGUCAAUGCUUUAGAGCAAGAAAAUAGAGAACUACGGGCUGACUUGAGGAAAAAGCAACAGUUUCGGGUAUCGGAAGAUAAUGCCAAAAUAAUCGCCUGGAAGCAGAAAGUUGAAUUAAUGGUGGCACAUAAUAAGAGAUUACGAGAAAAGUUGCGUGAUAUAUCUAAAAAUUCCAAAUGCGAUCUCUCUCCUGAAGCAUACAUCCAAUGGACGCCCCCUUUCCGUAGUCAGCUUCUUCUUAUUCGAAAGCGCCGAAUACAAAAAGGUGAUACUUUAUCGGAAAUGGAUAGUGAGCCAGAAUCAAUAUUCUACCGACGAAGGCGGAAGCGGUUACGUAAAAAACGGGAUCGAAUGCGAAGAUAUGAGAAUAUUCAUAACAUACAAUCGGGUUCAAGUCGAAUAAACGAAGACGGUAAUCUCACAGUGUUCAGUGAAAAUAGCAGGAAAUCAUUAUUAUCACCAAGAAGUCGAGGAAUGCUAACAUCUUUAAAUGAUAAUGAUCAAAACUUAUCAAGCGAUCGAUUGCUCAUCAAUCGAGCCAAGAAUACGGACAGAGCAAAAAAGUCCACAACCGCAUUUGACGAAUUGCCACAUGUGAAUGACUACGAAAUUGAAAUAAAGAUGCUCCAUUCAUCGAUAGCUGCUCAAAAACAAAUGUAUGAAGGCCAAAUUCUGAAUUUGACACGGAAAUUGUCUCAGAUUCAGAACGCCGAAGAAUCAUCUUCUCGGUUGUACUCUUUGUUCGAGAGGUAUAAGAUCAACGACACGGAAUCGAAAUCUCCGAGAUCGCAUGGCCUAGAGAAGAACGGCUCUGUCAAUCGAGUAGCGACAAGCUUUUGUGCAAGAUGCGUAAAAGUUGAACCGAAAAUUAAUGAGUUGAAUAUCAUUGUUGGAGGUUCAGUUAAGAAUAUGACUGUUGAAGAUCCUGUUCCGACAAUCAUGAACCACGAUCACCUCCAUACAGAAGUAGGUCGGCUGAAAGCUCGGUUAACAUCUGUCAGAUGUAAAGUUGCUGAGAUAACAGCAGUAAUGGCCCUUCCGUUAACAUCAUCUCGCCAUCACUUGAUGCCAUCCACCGAUUUCCAGUCAUCAAAGUCGCAACCAUUUGCAAUGCGAAACCAACGUUCAUUUGCCGAUCUUCGCGAACGAACACCAUUAUCCGAAAAGUCUGAAUCAUCCCGUGAUUGUGUCAUCGACCCAUCCCAGUUUACCCCAUCCAGCAUUUUCACCAAAAAACUCUGACCCCGUGGCUGGUGACUUUGUGGCCCUUUAUCAAACCAUGUCGUUUUUUAUUGCUUUCAAUUGUUUCCAUUUCAUUCACAGUCUCUUUCACUUAAUAUCAAAAACCUAUUGCAUUUAGAGUUUACGCUUUUCAAGAUGUCCAUUUUUCAGCUAUUAGUACUAUUGAUGCGGUUUUAUGAAGGGUAGUAAUGAGCUUUGUUGUAAAAAAACGCAACGUUUUUUUUUAAAUUCUUUGUUUAUUAUUUUUCAAAUUCCUAAUUCCCAGUUCAUGUCUUGUUUUUCUCGAAGCAAGAACGACAAAAAUCCGUGUUCCUGUAAAUGUGUGUCCAGCAAUCUAGUCGAAUGUCUUUCAUGUUUUUUUAUUUUAAAUAAUACAUUUUUUCCG